GAAGCACUUUUUUUAUAAGAAAAAGUUAAAUUCCGCGUUUUCACAAUCAUUCACUUUCUUAUAUAAGUUCUUCACACCAUAAUUAUUCAUUUUCUAAGCUCCAAUCUUCUCUCUAUAUUCUGAGUCUUCAUCGUCUCUCACAACCUUCUCCACUCGCAAGUGGUGAAGAUGUCGACUCCUGCUAGGAAGAGACUGUUGAGAGAUUUUAAGAGGUUGCAACAAGAUCCUCCUGUUGGCAUCAGUGGGGCACCCCAAGACAACAAUAUCAUGCUUUGGAAUGCUGUGAUCUUUGGGCCAGAUGACACCCCUUGGGAUGGAGGCACGUUCAAGUUGACGCUUCAGUUCACAGAGGAUUAUCCUAAUAAACCACCUACUGUGCGCUUUGUUUCUCGGAUGUUUCAUCCAAACAUCUAUGCAGAUGGAAGUAUAUGCUUGGAUAUUUUACAAAAUCAGUGGAGUCCAAUUUAUGAUGUGGCUGCUAUACUUACCUCAAUCCAGUCAUUGUUGUGUGAUCCAAACCCAAAAUCUCCAGCAAAUUCUGAAGCUGCUAGAACAUCCCAGCUGGAAAAUAAACAGGAAUUGAACCUAGAGCAUAUCAAAGAAAGUAAUGGGCGCAUGAAGCAUUUUCUUCUUGAACAUUUACAAUAUCCAUUAUUCAGUUUCUCAUUCACUCUUUUGAGUUUAUGUUAG